AUGCACCUCUGGCUCAUCUACACGGCAUGGGCAGCUGCAACCCUCUGCGCGGCCAAAUCCCCCCCGCCCGGGCUGCCCGUCCCGUCCGCCGUCCCGGCUCCGCGAACCAACCCCCGCCGGCCGGACGUCUCCCUCCGGUACACCAAGGUCCUCGAGAUGAGGGAAGCCGACAUCCCCCGCCCGGUUCGCAUCAAGCAUCGCGGCCGGACGCGGCACUUCUUCUGGCUCGGGAACUGCGAGAGGAUGGAAAACGAGUGCGUCCUCACCACGGUGCGGCGGAUCGAGCCCGGUUCCGGCGGCAACCUGUCGGUCACGCUGGACACCAGCGGCUACCGGUGCCAGGCGAGACACGCUUGCGGAGAAGAUGGCCAUUUGUGCAGCCGGGACGUAAGCACUCAUCUUGUGGAUUGCACCACGCCGUUGAGCAGGAUCGGAUCGUGA